UUCUCGUUCUCGUCAAAUCGUAUAUUGUCAGCGUCAUUUUAGCCGAAGCACACAGUAUUCAUUCAAUUAUACUGCCUAUAAAUUGCUGCUUCAAAUAAAUCAGAAACGCAACGUUUUCUUUUCGAUUAUUCCGUUUUAAAGUGCAACAUUUAAGCUAAACAUUUGAAAUAAUGGAUCGUUUAUUGAGAUUAGGUGGAAAUGUUCCAGGUUUAUCGCAACCAACAUUGUCAGAUGCUCCAGUCGUCGAUACAGCCGAACAAGUAUACAUUUCAUCAUUGGCAUUGCUGAAAAUGUUGAAACACGGUCGUGCUGGAGUGCCAAUGGAGGUUAUGGGUCUCAUGCUUGGUGAGUUUGUGGACGAUUACACGGUGCAAGUGAUUGAUGUAUUUGCCAUGCCUCAAACUGGUACUGGUGUAUCAGUCGAAGCAGUUGAUCCCGUUUUCCAAGCAAAAAUGUUGGACAUGCUUAAACAAACGGGCCGACCCGAAAUGGUCGUUGGAUGGUAUCACUCACAUCCUGGCUUUGGAUGCUGGUUGUCCGGUGUUGAUAUAAAUACACAACAAUCAUUUGAAGCGUUGAGCGAACGAGCUGUUGCUGUUGUCGUUGAUCCCAUUCAAUCUGUGAAGGGAAAAGUUGUAAUUGAUGCUUUCCGCCUUAUCAAUCCAAAUAUGUUGGUGCUUGGCCAAGAGCCACGGCAAACCACUUCGAAUUUAGGUCAUUUACAAAAACCAUCCGUUCAAGCAUUGAUUCAUGGCCUGAAUCGGCACUAUUAUUCAAUCAGCAUUAACUACCGUAAAAAUGAAUUGGAACAAAAAAUGCUGUUGAAUUUACAUAAGAAAUCAUGGAUGGACGGUCUCACACUUGCUGAUUACAAUGAACAUUCGUGUGUCAACGAAAAUACUGUCGCUGAAAUGUUGGAAUUGGCCAAGAAUUAUAAUAAGGCUCUCGAAGAAGAAGAAAAAAUGACACCCGAACAAUUGGCCAUUAAGAAUGUGGGUAAACAAGAUCCAAAACGGCAUUUGGAAGAGAAGGUUGACGCUCUCAUGCAAAACAACAUUGUGCAGUGCUUGGGCGCUAUGCUCGAUACGGUCGUAUUCAAAUAAACAUCUCUCAAUGAAUUCAACCGGAGACGACAUAAAUAUUCAUAUGGUUUAAUCACCUUUUUUCUAUUAAUUUAACAAAAUGAAAAUAAAUGUUUGAUUUUGCGAUAAAAUAAACGGAAAGAUUUAUUCUCACAAA